CGUGUUGGGUUUGGUGCGUUUUUCUUUGCUUCAAAUCAAUGUUUUUUUUAGUCAGCUGACUGUACCUUGCAGCCGUGUAGCUCGAUACGUCAUUUCUUCAUUUUUCUGUACUUUCUGUCUGUUUUUUCUUCUGCCAUAUAUUUCAAGGAAUUCGGCGUGUUUCAAUUCGAUAAGUUUAUCUAUUAUGUAUAUCUCACAACUAUUUUUGAAGCCUGUAAAACAUUUCUCACAUAAUAGCAGUAGGUGCUAUAUAAGACUGUGCAAUUUGGAGGUAAUCCAGCGAUUUUUUAUCUCACAAAAUAAAUUGUAAAUCUUAUGUAAAUGUAUUUCGUAUGUGCGGAAUGUGUUUACGACCAUGCAAUAAAAAAUUCAAAGCUGCCGCUUUAUUUACACUCAAGCCGAACUUCUUCAGGUAAACUAAUUAAGAUAAGCACCCAAUACCCCGAAUUUUCGAUAACUGGCUUAACAAAUAAAGAGACAAACAACACAAAUAUAAACUAUGACAGAGGUUCCGAAGUCGUCAGUAUUCGAUAGAACGUUGUACAUCGUAGUAGUUGCUCUCGGAGCCCUCAAUCUUUGACUUUGUAAACUCUGUAAAACAAGAACUCGGUCGCAACGGUCUUGGCCCUUAAACAAUAUUAAUAUACUGUUUUACAAAGAAUAAGUUCAAUCAACAAAUUAUGGAGGCUGUGGGAACUUGCCUUGGGAUUCUCCUGCUGUCAGCUGUCUCGCAAGCUGCUCCUGGACUGCUUAUUCCUCUCUACGCUUACCCUUUGGACUCUGACCCUACCUGGACAACUGUCAAAUCUUCUGCCUCUUCCAAUCCAUCUGUCGAGUUCAUUGCCGUUGUGAAUCCAAAUAGUGGCCCAGGUGACAAUAUUGAUGCAAUUUAUGGCACUGCUAUAGCUCAACUGGCAUCAGCUGGAGUAAAAUGCAUUGGAUAUGUUCCAACCAAUUACGGUGCUGUUGCUGCUAAAACAGCAACUGAAAACAUGGACAAAUAUGCACGUUGGUAUCCCAUUAUUUCUGGAUUCUUUUUUGAUGAAAUGACCAACAUUGGAAACAAAGAAUCGUAUUACACAUCCUUGACCACUCAUGCUGUUUCAAUUGGCAAGCCUUUCACUGUUGGAAACCCUGGCACAUCAACUACGCGGGCAUACUUUGAUUCCGUCAAUAACACUGUGAUUUAUGAAACAGCUAAGCUGCCACAACCUUCCAAACUCAAUCUUGGCUUCCCAAGAUCCCGCUGUUCCAUGAUCGCCUACGACGUAGCUGCUUCUCAGGUCAAUCAAUCUUACAUCAACGACAUUUUAAAAUACACUUCUUAUAUCUACAUCACCGAUGAUAAACUCGACAACCCUUACGAUCGGCUUCCAACCUACUUUAAUCAGCUUGUUGAAUAUGUACGUGCUGCCAGGAUUUAAUUCCUGAUUAUACAUCUUCAUCACGGAUUUCUUCGACUAUUGAUCUUUCUCAGAGAUGAAGCAGCUGACAAGAGGUGAAGGUGCAAAAAAAAAAUUUCACGAUAAGAAGUGAGCAUUCCAGUGAAUAGAUUUACUUGAUUUAGUUGAUAUUUAAAAUGAAAUGAAGAGGUCAUAAUAAACAAACCCCAGCCUUGCAAAAUCCAUAAAAAUCUGUUCUUCCCAAUUCUCUGACGAAUCAGCACAUCCCUGGAAAUACCAUUUUUUCUCCUCUACCGGUUCAAACCAAGAUUUUGAACAAGUACGUUUAUGAAUACAAGUUCCCUCCCAGAGAUUCUUUUUGUUUCUUUGAUAAUAAAAUAAUAAAUAUUAUUGGAUCGAUAGAAGAGGAAAUAAAUUGGAAAACGAUAUUUGCACCAAA